ACAUAGCUUCAAAUGACUCAACUUUGUCUUGACAUUAUAUUUGAGUUUGUUUUUUACGGUUAUGGUGCACCUGUCAUGUGUGCGGGGGCUGCUCGGUUAUUCUGUACUCCGUUAGGGACUGUAGAAGUGAGUAGCGAGAGACGGUCCUUUUAAAAUAGGAAUAGAAUUGUUGCCGUCGAACUGAAACAUUACCUUUGUACCACGUACUGAAUCUGUUUAAAUGCUAAGACUAAGAGACGUGCAACUGUACUGUAUAUUACAUUACCGAACUCUACUACUAUAUUAGCGGAAAAUAUUUGUGUCAGCUGCACAAUGUAGAUAAAGCACACACGCCCAAUGGGGUGUGCCCUUGGGGGAGGACGUCUUCGAUAAGACAGGGUUUUGUGCACAUUUGACUUAACCAAUGAUGACAUCCCAGCCAAUGCCAGGCGAGCCAUUGAUGAACAAUGUCCAUAAUGGAAGAUUCCUUGACCAGGUGAAAAUCAACAAUGCUGACCUUAAUGCCAGGGGCCAGUGGGCCAGCAAGGCUGAGUUCCUUCUGGCCGUGGCGGGCCAGAUCAUUGGCUUGGGCAACGUAUGGAGAUUCCCAUACUUGUGCUACAAAAACGGAGGAGGUGUGUUCUUUGUACCAUACCUUUUGUUCCUGGUGCUAUGUGGUAUCCCCCUCUUCCUCCUGGAGACUUCACUGGGCCAGUAUACAAGCCUGGGCGGGGUCAGUGCCUGGAGAUCCGUGUGCCCAAUAUUUGGAGGUCUAGGCUAUGCUAGCCAGAUGAUGAUCCUGCAUGGAUGUGUGUACUACAUUGUCAUACUGGCCUGGGCUCUGUUCUACCUGUCUUCUAGUUUACAGGCAGAACUUCCCUGGUCGCACUGUAACAACUCAUGGAACACUGAUGCUUGUUUCAUGUUUGAGCAUCACAACCAGACAUUCAAUGUGAGCAACCUACCUGGAAACGCCACCUCCCCUGUUAUGGAAUUUUGGGAGCGAGAAGUGCUCCACCUGUCGAAUAGCUUGGACAAGCUUGGCCCAAUUAGCUGGAAGUUGGCCCUGUGUCUUGCUAUUGUCUGGCUCGUCUGCUACUUCUGCGUGUGGAAGGGCAUUAAAUCCACAGGAAAGGUGGUAUAUGUCACAGCCACUUUUCCAUAUGUGAUGCUUUUUGUGCUGCUGGUGCGAGGUGUCACCCUGCCUGGAGCAGCGCAGGGAAUCUUAUACUACCUCAAACCCAACCACACUCGCCUGGCAGACCCGCAGGUAUGGAUGGAUGCGGGUACCCAGAUCUUUUUCUCUUAUGGGAUCUGUUUGGGGAGCCUCACAGCCCUCGGCAGUUACAACAAAUUCAACAAUGACUGUUACAAAGAUUCAUACCUUCUGUGCCUCUUGAACAGUAGCACCAGUUUCUUGGCAGGUUUUGCAAUCUUCUCAGUGCUAGGAUUCAUGGCGGAGGAGCGAGGAGUGGAUAUCGCCACUGUGGCUCAAUCAGGACCUGGCCUGGCUUUCAUCGCCUUCCCCAGAGCUGUUGCCAUGAUGCCUCUUCCCCAACUCUGGGCUACCUGCUUCUUCCUCAUGAUCAUCAUGUUGGGGCUGGACACACAAUUUGUAAGUCUGGAGGCGCUGAUGACAUCUGUGACCGACUUGUACCCCCAUCUGAUCAGACGUGGCUACCGCAGAGAGCUGUUACUGCUGUUUAUCUGUGUUGUAUGCUUCUUGAUCGGGCUGAUCAUGGUGACGCCGGGUGGUCUGUAUGUGUUCCAGAUAUAUGAUCAUUUCUCCUGCAGUGGAGCCAGCUUGCUGCUCCUAUCCAUCUUCCAGUCUAUUGCAAUUGGCUGGAUCUAUGGUGCUGAGCGCUUUAGUUCAAACAUCAAGGACAUGACAGGCCACAACACCCUGCUUCUUUUCCAGCUGUGCUGGAAAUACCUGACGCCAGCUGUGUGCACUGCUACCUUCCUGUUCUCCCUGGUCUGCUGGUCUCCAUUGAGUUUGGGGAAAGGCCUGAUCACUCCAGGUUGGGCGACAGCACUCGGGUGGCUCCUCACCCUGUCCUCUGUGUCUCUGCUUCCAAUUUGGGCCAUCUAUGCACUUGCCAUUACGCCUGGCACCCUCACACAGCGCUUUCACCAUCUGUGCAACCCCACCUUAAACUCACCACAAGCCUUUCAACGCUAUCCUGACAACUCGACCACAUACCGCCUUGCACUUCCCCUCAGCGAGAAGCCGAAGGAAGUAAUCGGCAACAGUAUUGGCCCUCCAUGAUGCACCGAUGCCAUGUUGAAGUCAUUCAAGCGGGUGGAGUCAGUUUGGAUCUGAGACUCAAAAAUCUUUGCCCACCCAGCAAAUACAAAUCCAGUCAGUUUGUGGCAGCAGAAUCAUUAUUAUUAUUAUUUCUUAAUUUUACAUUUUGGGGGAAUUUUUAUUAUUUUUUUAAAGGGUACCAAUAUAACCAAUACUUUACAUUGCGGUGGUGGUAUUAACAAGACAUACUGCUGUUCAUUGAUUACUUGACAAUCGUGACUGUGCAACAACAAAACAUUGAGUCUUUUGUAUUUCCUGAUAAAGGGCAUUAUAGCAUAUGUUAGCAUAUAUCACUGGACUCUAUUUUUCUCCCCUCUAAGUUGAUAGCCAAUCAGAUAGCCGCAUUGUCUUAACCCCUGGCUUGACCUGCCCCUCUCGCCAUAUUGUCCCACAAGCAAUCCUGGUUGUCAGUAGUGUGCGCUUGGCAAACGUAAUGUUACGAAGAAAAUGGUCCUCAGAUGCACUCGGGGACGUGCAAAUCUGAUGAAAGAUAUCCUGCUAGAUUACAAGGGGCCUGGUUGAUUCAUUUUCCAAAGCCUAAAACACAGUUGACGAAGUUUCUACGAUGGAUUAAGGUUCGUGGAAGACUGCACGUACAACUAAAUGUGAACAAUAUCAACAAACGCAAGGCUGUAUGUUUGAAGGUAAGUGAGGGAGAAGUGUCUUCACUCAGUUUGAUUUAACUCUUAACAGUGCUUUAUACAUUGCAGGAGAACAACUUUCACUUUGGUAAUGCAUCACUGACCUGCUGAAUGAAGUGUGUAAUGUUUUAUGCCGAAGAGUCGGGUUAGUGAUACUAAAUGCACGAUGUCAUGCAAGAUAAAUGUCUAUUUGCCUAUUUGUAUCACAUCGGACUUUUAAGACAGAGGACUGGGUUCAAUUAUGACCCACGUCAAAUGAAUACACCCAUUCACUUAUAAAGACUAGAAUGAUAUUACUCCUGAUCUUUCCAAGUAAAAAGUACUCACCCUGCUUUACAUGAGCAGUAUGAUUCCACUAUUUUAUCCUGUUGGAUUUCAAUAUGAAGUUUGUGAGGCUUCAAAAUUUUGCAUCGAUCGCCAACAUUUCGCUGUAACUCUGACAUUGCGUCCUGCUCCGUCCAAAAUCUUAAUUCCAUGUACAUAUCCUUGCAUGAAAUAUUCGAGACCUCUGCAGAACUCCCUUAGACAAGUCUGAUGCAUUUGGCAAAAAACACCGCAAUAUUAUCUGGAAUAUGCAAUAGAUGAUCAACUUCAAACAUUUUAUGUUCAAUCGCCAUUUUGAAAUCUUGUGGGACAUGACUAAGGGGGCGGAGCUUAAGGUUGCCAUUGGAAAGGUCCGUUGCUAUACUAUCUAAGAGCUCAGCCUUUGAGAAGCAGGUCUCUUAUUUGGGGACAUAAAAACAAAGUAUCUUUGUUUUGUUUUUUCUUUGCUUCCAACAGAGCUUGUCAUUGGGGUAAAUUCUCUAAAUUUGGUUAUGAAGUAGAACAUUAUACUGCAAACAAAUGCCUGAUGUUAUACAUCAAUUGUCACCUGACUACCAUGAUUGACCCCAUCUUUGAAGUAAAAAUGCAUCAUUGUUCAUGUUAAAGGGGAAGCCCUCAAAUUUUGACUCCCAUGAUAUACCAAGUAAGUAGCUCUGUGAGAACAUCCUUCUAGAUGUAGAGACAUCCAAGAACUUUUUGUAACCUGCUUUAUUUGGACUUUGUUCCAGCUUCAAAUUGUUUACAUGGCAACAGGUUCUGCUGUAGGUUUUACAUCAGCCAAACUCGUUAUUUGCCAAAGUAUCAAGUGCUUUACACAAGACUUACCUUUUUUAAUCACUUUAACUCAAGUGUGCAAGUUGUAUGGGUAGUUUCUUCAAACCAAACAGAAAUUAUGAAGCUGUGAAUCCUGCAAUGAGCAUGCUUGCUGCAACACUAUCGUAAAAUAACGUACCACUCCAAUGACAGGAAAGUUUGUGUGUGUCUGAUGGAUUUGCUGACGGCAUUUUUACACGACUGUACUACAAAGAAAGGUUCCUGAUACUUUUAUUUUAUUUUGUUAUAGUCGAUAUGCACAGAGAAAUUACAAUUACUCUGAAUAGAAUCUUUCAAUUGCCAUGACAUCACAGUACUUGAGACUCUGUCAAAAUGUGAAAGAAUAUUGUAAAUCUGUUAAAAUGGGUAUUAAUACCUGAACCAUUCUGAACUUUUAGUACUACAACACUGAAAUCAAGCGUGUGUGAGAGAGAACAAGUAACCUUUUAGGCAGCUCUUCAUUAUUUGUAUACAGUAAGUCAAUACAUACGCUAUACAUUGUGAACUAAAGCAUGUGUCCCAUGU